CUUCUCGUACACGGUCUCUUCCCUCCUUCUUUCAGCAGUAUAACUUACCCUUUCCCCUCCUUUCCCUUCGUUCACUGCAAGUGCAGUGGCGCCAGCUGCCGCCUCUUCCCUCUCCUGCUCCGCGGCCUCUUGCGCCAUCAUCUCCUUGAGCUCUUUGCAGAAGAAGCUGUUGUCCCGAAUGCGGUCUCCGUACUUGAUAAAAGCAAAAGGAAUCAAGCACAUUCCCAGACUCAGAAAAGCAAGCAGACUGCAAGCCCAAGCCACGCCGAGGGACGAGAACAUGCGGUUAGAGGCGAGCGGCAACAAUGCGCCGAAUAUACUGCGACACGUACUGGCUAUUCCCUGAGCACUGGCCGCAAAAGUCAUAUAUGAGUCGCUCAAGUAGUUCAGCAAGGCCAUGAAGAUAAGCUGGAAAGCCAUGCCAAAUGUCACACCAGACGCCACAGGUGCCAACCAAUGCGUACCAGGUUUCGCGCUCCAGCCGAUCCAGAGGAGUGACACAACGUACAGCGGUCCGCCGAGACAAGCCAGGGGCAAUCGUCGGUAUUCCUCUUGGUGAGCCCAUUUUGCUUUUCGCUUCUGCGCCUUGGCCAAGUACACGUCCCAGCCCAGAAAGAUGGGUGCUGCAAAGACAGAACCAAGGCCGAUGGGCAGGAAUGCCAAACCUGAAACGCCCCAUGACCAUCCAUACACCGAAUCGGGCCCUUGGAAGAUGAUCGGAUAUGCUUCGAAAUAGAGGUAGAAGAUACCGUAAGCCAACGCACAGUACGCACACGUACACAUGACAAUCACCUCGUUGAAGAGCAUGCGAUAAGGCCGCGUCAUGACCACGGUCACCACAUGUCGGAACGUUUUCUUCUGAAGGUCCGUCUUGGCAAUGAUAUCCUGGUCGCCAGUCUCCUGGCGCAGCUUCUUUGCCUUCCGACUCAGAAGGACGGGUGCAUAGCUUUCAGGCAUCAAUGCAAUGACAGGUAUCAUUGCUGCGGCAAAAAUCGUCGCGACCCCAAAUACCCACCGCCACGUCGUGUUCUCGGAGAUAAACCCUGAUAUGGCGGGCGCCGCCACAGGACCGAACGUGGUAGCGACCAUGAACCAUGCCAUACUUACUCCCCUUUCUCGUGGGUCAUUGUAAAUGUCCGCGUACAGUCCACCCACAACGGAGAUGGGACCAGAGAACCCAAUGCCGCACAUGAACCGGAAGAAGAGCAGGGCCGGCCACAUGGGCGCCACAGCGCAGGCCAGUGUGAAUAUCGUCGCCAGGCAGAAGAACCCUAGGAUGACGGGUUUUCGGCCAUUAUUCUCAGAGAGAGGAGCGCAAAUGGUGGGUCCAACGACAUAGCCGGCCAGAAAACACGAGAUCGGAAGGGGAAGCUGAACCUGAUCAGUAAUGUUGAAGUCUGCCGCAAUGAAAGAGAUCGCUCCGCUUGGUAAAGAAGAGCCCAGGGUGCUAUUGAUGACAGCAACUAUGCCGGUGACGAAUAUAUACAAUUUCUUUCGCCGCGGCCAAUUAUAAGGAUUGUCAGGGUCCGUCGAGCUGAAAGAUAUUAUCUUCUUAGGGUCAACCUUCCCCACUUCCAGUUCAUCGGGUGCAAGAGACGGUGGAUGUUCAUCCACACAGCUGCCGUCGUUGUGAGCAUUGUGAUCUUCUGGCGAAGGAAUGGCCUGGUUUUGCGGUGAUGGGUCUUCCGCCGGGUCUGAAGUGCCGUGCACCGACUGCCGAGCUUCGUCCGGCGAGCUCAGGCCCAUAGUCCAACUUCAUGUGCAAGACAAGAGAACCGCUGUGGGCAAAGCAGAGAAGGACGCCAACAGAGAGCAACUGGGGAAAGCGAUUGAGACAGAGAGGGCAUCAUGGGGAAUAUAAAAAAUGCCAAUUCUGCCGGAGUGGUGCAAAACGUCAACAGAACGGUGUAAUAUUCUUGGAGCCCUGGGGGAUCCAAUUGGAAAUGCCAAAAGGAAAGGCCGAUCCACCUCUUGGGACCUUGAAGCCAUUGACACGAUGCUUCAUAGGGCGGACUUCAAAAGAACUGGUCUCAACUCGGUUAUCACGGCAGAAAAAGGAUGAAGUCAAGAGGAGAUGCAGUUGGAGUCGGGCCACAAUAGCCGAAAAUCGUUGUUGCGAUCGUUUCAAGUUGGGGUAGCUCCAGAUGGACUACUAAGUCUGAAAUGGAAUAGCGGGCUGCGACUAUGUUCUCAUUGAGUAAUUGUUGGGCAUUGAUUGUCAACCCUCUCUAUUCACUUUGCCAGACAUGCUCUGCGGCCCGCAUCCCCCUCAGCCUCUUGCCGGACUUGAACUUAUACAUCCAGAAAGGCGAAGUGCGUGAGUAUGAUUGCAGGAUAUGGUUGAGCAGCCUUGGUAGUGGUCAACCUCCAACAGACGAGUCGCCCUGAAGUUGAGGUGGACGUACUCCUAGUUCCAGGGGCUUCCACAGCACGCUCUGGGUUCUGUAUACCAUCGAGGCCAGCUUGCUCGGCGGAACGUUGCUGCACUGUCAAUGGAAGAGAACCGCUUGUUGGAAUUGACACCUAUGUCUUCUUGGCAUGAGACGUAGGGCAAUCCACGAGAGCCGUUUCAAAGUGCAAAUAACCAAAACCAGCUUGGAAUAUGAGUACCGUCAAAUCUCCCGAUGCCGAACGCCAUGCUCCAAGUGUACACAAGCUUCGAAAUUUUCCUGCAAUGCCCGGGCCAUUCUGUCCUGUGGUCCUUCAUAUGUCAUGAUAUCGGUCAGCAAGCUGAUCCCUGCCGUGUCACUCUGUUGGUCAUGUUGCAAAUAGGGUAGGUAUCUGCCCCGACACACCCAUUUGAUGCAAGGCUGUCAUGAUCCAUGCCCUGCAGCUGUCGCAGUCACACCGGUCGUUGUAAUCGUUAUCCGGCCUGCUGCUGAGCGACUGUUGAGCCAGCUAUUGAGCCAGGUAAAGAGGGUGCAGAUUUGCUUCCAUAGGGUUGAGCACGGAUCGCGCCGUAAUGGACAAAAGCACCCUUCGUGCUCAGCUAGCCAAAACACAUGAAGUUUUUCCAGCCACGACUUCUCGAAUUCUCAACUUUGCGAUUCAUUCUUAGAUCUGCGAAUUUCUCACCGUUCGGCCCAAGAAGCGAGUCGAAUUCAUUUGUCGGUGGACUUGACAUGGACGCCAGAGUUGCCUUCUUCUUGGAGUUAAUGGCAGAUGAAUAGACAUGAAGUUUGGCAAUAGGAUUCUGUCCUUUGUCGACAGACAGGGGCACAUCUGGCUCGACUGUCCCACUGUUUUCAUCAAUUGCGCCCAAGAGAGUUUGUGGAGGUGAUAGUCGUCGCGGUCGCGGUGUCGAUGUACUACUAUACAUGGGCGGCGGAGCGGCCACUGCUUUGGAGACCGAUGGCGAAGAAGAUGAUGAUGAUAUCGAGCUCGAGCUUGACCUGGAGGAGACAUAUGUGCUCGAAGACGACGUACUAUGUAUUGAGUCUGGCGGGGAGGGCGUUCGAGAGGUCGGCAAGCCGAAAGCUUGGGUUGCACGGGGCGCCAUGGUCGGCUUUGCUAAUGUUGGCGACUCCAAGAAACGCGUAGUGCUCGAAGGCAGCUCACUACAUGGUCACCAUGAGUUUCAGAGGCGGUCUGAUACCGAAGGCCGAGACUGGGCUGAGCCGGCUUUACAUAGAAGUGAAGUAAAAGGAUGAAUGCAUGAUGAGGCGGAGAAUAAAGAUAGAAGUCAUCGCCUGCGGUGGUGCAAGUGACGGAGAAGGCUGACCACAGUCGCGCUGAAAACAAACCUCACACCCUGCGCUACGCGGUCCUCUCGAAUCCUUCUACCUUCUCUGCACCAUUCACUGCGAGUUCGACACCGUUUGUCGAUCUUCCUGAGUCUCCGCCCGCUUAGAUUCGCGGUGCAUCCCCGGUUCUGCUCGCCUGCAAAUGCGAUCGACGCCACUCUCUCUACUGAUUGGGCCACGCAGGCUGUCAAAGCCCGAAAAUUCGACGGAGCUACAUGAUCCAGCCCAACGGCAGACGAAAUAUUGGGCGUUGCGCAACCACUAACGAAUGGGUAUGAAAGCCACGUCGCUCGAUGGGGAAUUGAUGUCCAUGCCUAGACUGGCUCCUGACCCUGAGGACGUCUUCAGCCAUACGAGCUAGACAGUCGAUCGAGUCGAUGACGAAAAGUGGCUGCUAAUCCUUGCAAAAGUCAAGCGGGCAAAUGCAGACAAAAAGCAGGGGUAAGAUCGCUUUCGGAGAAACAGAUGGACCUGUCCAGCGAAGCAUGGUACGAUCGUCGAACUCCUUCUACGAUCGGGCCUCUGCCAAUUGGUGGUUGAGAACAUAAAGGACCAAAAGCCGAAAGUCAACCAGUCAGGAACGGCACUUUGCAGGCAAAUGCCUGUACUAUCAAUAAGACGGAGGAAGUAAUAUGUUGCUGACGUCUCAAUGGAAAGGUUUGUCGAUGCUACAUACAGGCUUCAGCAACCUCGGCUUGCUCACUGCCAGUGCCACAUUGGACUCAGAGGCCGCCAUUGCCAUAUCCCUACCUAUGUACUUCUUGGAUCAGAAACUGACUCAGAGGAACGGUAGGUGAAGGGCGACUGACUGGUAUCAGGCGCACCGGUGAAAGGCUAGGCACACCCAGGGCUUGAGAGGAAUGACUGUGGGAUUGGAGGAAAGCAUGCUGCAGGGCAAGCAUGCAGCAGAGCCCUCACGCUAUGCAAACAGCGAGCCCGGGCCUAGGAGAGCCAGCACAAGUAGCGAUGAGAGGUGCUCCUGGCUUGGUCUGUAUGCAUAUGAACAUUUUGUGAACUGUUGUGUCGCUACCGUCAUGAUUCCUUUAUUGAGAGGGGCGUCGUUGGCCAUUGCUUGUUGUAAGGUUGCGACUUGGAGUUGGUGGUAGAGACGAUUCACCCCGGAUUCUUCGGCAAAAUGUGGUGCCGGUCCGGAGUCUUGUUAAGUCCCUGGUUGUUUAGUCCAGAAUCAGUCUGCGGCCUCAAACAUCACCACUUCAAGUCCUGGCAUGUCGAUGGAAUACAUAUCUCUCCAUUGCAAACGCGCAUCCACUAGACCUCGCAAGACUGCAUUCUAUACUACCCAUUCCAUGUGCUCACGAUAGCACUGCAAUUGCGACCGAGCUCGCCUUUUCCCGCGGGGUGCCGACAGCACACUGAACCGGCCAGCCAGAGCCCAGCGCAACAAUGGCCCGCCCGCGCCGCACAUCAGCGGCCUCCGACCUCAGUUCCGUCCUGGACCCGAAUCAGGACAACAGGAACUCGGAAGCAUGUACGAUUUUCUGGCCAAAGUAGUACUGCUAGGCCCUUCAGGCGCAGGCAAAUCAUGUCUCCUACACCGGUUCGUCAAACAAGAAUGGCGCGUGCUAUCAUCCCAGACAAUCGGGGUGGAAUUCGCCUCCAAAAUCGUCAAGGUCGGCUCGGGCCCCACGCGGCGACGCAUCAAACUGCAGCUCUGGGACACGGCGGGCACCGAGCGUUUUCGCUCCGUCAGCCGGUCGUAUUAUCGUGGCGCUGCGGGCGCGAUUUUGGUCUACGACGUCGCCAGCCUCGCGAGUUUCAACGCCCUGCCGACUUUCCUCAGCGACGCCCGCGCCCUGGCCAGUCCGAACUUGACUGUCAUUUUGGCUGGGAAUAAGGCGGAUUUGGCGGAAGAUAAACAACAAGCAACGAGACCGCAGGCGGCGUCGAUCACGAACAACUUCAUCAAUAAUACAGAUACACAUACUACACCAUUCUCUCAAGUGGACCAUAAUCUUACACCCUCGGCCUCGAGCGCGUCAAGUAGACAAUCAUAUUUCCCUUUCGAGUCCAGUGGGACGGGAACAGGAGUUUUGUCGUCCUCGACACGCUCGCGCGGCGACUCGAUCAGCCAGUCCCUCCACGCUGGGAAAUGGACCGCCACGACGUCCAGCGAGGGCCGAGAAGUGACGCCCGACAUGGCGUCGCGAUGGGCAUCCAAAGUCCACAUCCCGGCGACUAUGGAAGUCUCAGCCUUGACAGGCGAGAACGUCGACGAACUCUUCGCCCGCCUUGCCCGCAUGAUCCUUACAAAGAUUGAAUUGGGCGAAAUCGACCCGGACGAUCCCGCCAGUGGCAUCCAAUAUGGUGAUGGCGGGGGUCUUUGGGGGGAUGGCUCGAGCACCCGCUCAGGCACCGUGGUCGACGAUGGCCGAGGAAGCACGCUCAGGAGACGGAGAAGAAGAGGUGGAGCCGCAGAUCGGAGCGGUGUUCUCUCUGGCCUGAGGGAGUGGGAAGAUGUCUUCCGCCGGCCCGCUUCUGGAGGCGGUCCGCGCUGCUGUUGAAGCCUGUCAUGUCUCGUUCAAGUUUGUCUUUGGAAUGUCCCGAAUAGAGGGACUCGUGGCUCAGGCUGUGUCCACCAAAUUUUGGAUUUGAAAGAAUUGUGGCUACAUGCGGAAAGAAAAGGAGCAAGCGCAGGAGUUCACGGUUCUUGGGCCAGCACACCGUUGUGUGUGUAUUUUGUUUUUUCAUUCUUGGGAUCAUGGCAAUGACCUAUAGCUUUAUGCGUCCUUGCGCUGGUCCGCAGCGGGUGCAACUAAUGUCUAAAACUUCAACUUUGAGCAGAGCAAGAACCUGCCUAAGCGAUCUGCUCUGCUUCUUCAUGAAUUCUGUUUGUCCACAGCCAUGGACAUCUCCCCGUCGACGCCCUGUCCUCGGUCAACCUGAGGCCCAAGCUUCUCACAGAUCUCCGCGAACUCGACCUGCUUCUGCAAAUACUGAGCCGCACUCAGGGCCUUCAUAAUAACUGCUUUGUUCCUCUCUGUCGUGGCAGCGCGGAAACUCCUAACCAAAAAUUCGGACAAAGUUGCGACACUCCAGUCUUCAGGGAUAUCUUGCAGGAUUUUCAAGGGGUCGAAAAAUGCCGCAAAUUUGCCGAGGAGAUGGCUUGCACGUUCAAGGCGGUCUUCCUCGUCUUCAAUGAUGAGAAAUUCGUGGAGCAAAAAAUCAAAGAGCUCUUGCUGAACUUCCCUUGGAGGAAGGGCGCUGGCGUCGACUGUGUGAGCGGACGCCGGGGCCGGUCCGCCAAAGUAGCAGUAUCGUGUUGCACUGUCAUAGUCACCCAGCCCGUGAGUUAAAAGACGCAGUGCUUCCUUGUGACGGCCUUGCCUGGCAUCGAGGAUGAUCGACUCGGAAACAAGGUAGGAGGAGAACGGCGCCAUGCGUUCAAGAACCAUAGGGACCGAAUAAGUCAGUUCUUUGCUUGCCACGCCGGUUGAUGCAUAGGAACCACUCCCAAGGAGUUGUAGAAGUCGCAGGCGAGACUGCCACCAUGACUCUGGAGGUGCAUUUUGGUGAAUGAAAUCGAGAUAGGUGGGCUUCGGUGAUUCCAGAGCUCGAUAAGUCGAGUAGCUCUCAGCAAGCGAUGUUCGAGCCUCUUCGGAGCCUUCCAGGACCGUGAGAACCGAAUCAAGGUAGUAGCCAAUGAGAUCAUCGGCAUAUUUGUCCAGGUGCUUUCCGAAGACCAGAUGCUCUAGGUACUGCUGUACCGCUGCAGGCGCUCGGUCCUUCAGAAGUGCAACGAUGUGUUGGGGGUCGAACUUAACCCUUGCAUUGUCGUCGGUGAAUAACUGAAUCGCCAGGCUGGGAUUCCGCUGUGCUAGCCAAAAAGCAUAGUCCUGCACGACGUUGGCAUCACGGACAAGCGUCAGAUACCGUCUCAUCUGACCCUCAAUGUAUUCCGUGUUUGAACCGUAGUCGGCAUCCUUCUCGCCUUCGAGUAUUCUUUUCCAUGUUCUCAGCACAUCACGAGCCUGCUUCCUGCUCUGGUAAAGACGACUGAGCACAAACAGCCGAUCAUGCUCUUCGAGAAGGCGAAUGGCACGGUCAAAAUCGCCCUUCCAAUUGUCAACGACAUUGUUCAACUUGGCCCGAACCGACCGC